CAAAAAGAAAGGUCAGUAAUUUACCAUGAGUGUACAGGCAAGUGCCUCGACAUCGUACUAUAGCUAGCUGUUCAGCUGUCCUGGGUUCUACUUGUGUAUAUAUAAUAUAUGCUUGUUGGAGUUAGUAAGUCAGUAUAAAAGAUGAGUGACCAUGAUGACCCUUCACUACUCUCAUACCCUGUCCUGCCCCCCUCCACCCUUGAAGACACUCCUUCACAACUUUCGCUCAUAGACUUCAAUUCUCCACAACUGUCCUCCUCAGGAGGAUUUUCAUUCCCUCAUUCUACUACUACCGAGAGGACUCGUCCGGUAACCCCCACACCUCCUAUUGUGGAAUCGCUACAUAACCAACACUCUGCACUUCACUCGGUUUAUAACCCCCCUACUCAGGGGGUCAGAAUGUCUACUGACCCCCUCAAACUCAAGGUGCAACACUUGGAGCAGUUGUGUGGCAAGCUGCAGAAAGAGAAGAGUGAAACCCAAGAAGAGUUCGGAAAACAGCGCAAGAAGUUUAUGGACAAGUUAGUUGAAGUGGAGUCUGAGAGAACAUUACUUGCUAACACUAUUGAGAGGUACAACACAGAAAUACGAGAGAUUAGUACACAGCUGAUGGCUAAGGACGAGGAGGUUAAUAAUGUGAGAGUUGUUGCCAAGAUGAGUACGAAACAGGCCAGGGAAGAUUUUGAUGUUGAUCGUGUCAAAUACGAAGAAGAGAUAGCCUCUCUAAGGCAGAUCAUGACUGUUCAAAGUCAGGACCAGUCUGCAGCGUUUAGUCAGGAGAGAGAUGGUUGGAAGAGAGACAGAGAUGGUCUGUUAGCAGAGAUACAAAGACUAAAGUCGUUCCCCGCCCCACAAUACACUCAGUCACCCACCAACCUCGCUUUACGACAGAAUGAGACCACACCUAUCAGGCACACACCUUCUCAAAGUCCUGACGCUGAGAACCUCGACUUUGACAUGGCAAAAGCUGCCAUGGAUGUCAAGGUCCUGAGGUCAGUAGUGGUUCCCCUGGAGGAGGAGAUAGACGUGUUGAAAGUGGAGCUGAGUGAAGCUAAAGAGCAACUGGCUCGUUACAAAACACAGGCCACACCCAUUGAUGCCACACCUCCUCUCAUUGAGUUUGACACACCUGCCACCACACUCUCUUCAACAGAAAAUGACCCUGUGACACAGCUGCAGGCCCAGCUGACACUGGAGCGCUCGGCAAGGCAGGACCUCGAAAUGCACACAGAGGCUUUAGUGGCUCAGAAGACUCUCACUCACCAGGAGAUACUCAUGCUCACUCAAGACAUGGGGAAAUAUAAGGACAAGUACAAAACAGAGAGUGAUCAGCACAAUGCGUUGAAGAAUGAGUACACAGCUCUCAAAAAGACAUGGGAACUAGCGAACCAGCACUUUAUGGUUGCUCAAGAUCGUCUCAAGCAGGAAAUUUACAAUCUGUCCGAACAAGUGGAGAGGCUCACUGCUGCUAACAGGAAGGAGAGUGUUCACAGUUCUUCCAGUGAAGAGACUCGAAGUGGAGCUGGUCUGGGUGGUGGUGUGGGUGUGGAUGAUGAGAGGGUUAAAUCACUCACGAUCCCUCGCUUGCACAAGAGGUCCCAGUCCUCUAUGGGGGAGGAAAAUCCCAUUCCACCUGGACCUGGACCGCUGCAGAGACGAAUGUCCUCCUCCUUGCCCACGUUGGAGCAGUUGUCAGGCAGGCUGUCACCCGAGGCUGGCGGAGGGGGUGGUCUGGAGACGAGGCUCACAGCACUACAGGAUGAGAAUAAGAAGCUUUGUAGUGAGCUGGAUCGUCAAAAUAAGGCGUGUCGAAGCUACGAGAGUCAGUUACAGAGGGUACAGAAUCAGAUGCUGGAGGAGCUGGAUGGGAAGGAGAGAGAUAUAGACAGACUCAGGGCAGAGACAGAGAAACUAAAGGCUGGUAUUAUGAGAGAGAGAGACACCCAGAAGAAGCUGAGGAGAUCUAUGCAGGAAGAUGUGAAUCAGAUCGGAGCAAAAAUGGAGACAUUUCGUGAGACUGACAAGAAAGUUCGACAGGAGGUGAGACGACGCAAGGAUAACUUCACGGAGCUGAAGCACGACACUCAGUUAGAGAUAGCUCGGUUGACUGAAGACAAAAGAGAGUCAUACAGACAAUUAGAGUCAGCGAGAGAGGAGUACGACUGUCUCAAAGUAUUGCAGUCUCAACAAAUGUUGGACUACCAACACUCCUUCAGCAAAGAGAAAGCGGCCCGCAAAGAGGCUGAGACGAGCGUGAAGGCCAUCAAGAGCCAUCUGUCAGCAGCACAGGCUCGUCUACAGAGCACAGAGGAAGACUUGUGUUCACAGCUGACACUGGUCAAAGAGCAGCUACAGAUUGAGACACGGCAAAAACAGAGUCUCACUUCAGAGCUCACCUCACAGCUUGCCAGCUCCAUGAGGGAAAAUGAUGGUUUGCAGAGUUUGAAGGUCGACAUAGAGGCUGAGAGAAGGGCCAAGAAUGAUGCUGUAAGCAGCAAGCUCUCCAUCCAGGAGAAGUCAACUGCCUUCAUUCAGCAGCAGCAGAGGGAGAUAGAGAAGCUACACGCAGAAAAAGAAUCCAAGGACAAGCAUGUUGUUGAGCUAACAAGACAAGUAUCUUUGUUAAAAAACCAGCUAGAUCGAACAGCUGAGACACAGAAGGACUUUGUUGAACUCUCUCAGUCUCUUCAAAUGAGAAUUGUUGAAAUGGAGGAGAGUCAACAGAGUAAUUCUUCAGACAGUGUUGUGUCGUGACAGUGGUGCCUUUGAGUGACCUUGAUAGACUGCGUGAUUUGUGGUGUGUUGUGACAGACACUUGGUAGCCGGAAUACAUUUAGCUGUGUAUGAAUUGUGUACACUUAUUAUUUUUACCACUUUUGUAAUUCAUAAAAUUCUCCAUUCUGUUCGGCGAGCAUGA